AAGUCACUUUUCCUGAACAGACUCUGAAUUCGGUGGCGGUGUUGUGGGAGGCAGGGCACUGACGAGGUGGUUCCCAGGAGCGGUGGUUCUCUGGAAUUGUCUCCAACGGCAGGAGUUCGGUGGGGGCAGAAGGAGAAAUCUGGAGACGCGUUGAGGCCGCAGCCUGCCGCCUGCCCAGGUGGCAGAGGGGCCGAGACUGGACCGCGGCCAGAGCCCCGCGGUGUCCCGGCGCCCCUCCCCGCCGCUCCAGCCCUCCCACUUCCUCUGAAGGAGCCGCGGCUGUCAGGGAACCGGGCGCCGCGCGCAGUGCAGGCUCGGGGCGCCGCGCAGAGGAGGCUGCCGCUCUGGCUCGCCGCCCCCCGCCGCCGCUCCGCACCCGGCCCCGCCGCCGCGCCGCGCGGGCCAUGGACCUGCCCAGGGGCCUCCUGGUGGCCUGGACCCUCAGCCUGUGGCCAGGGUUCACGGCCACCUUCAACAUGGACACCAAGAAGCCCCGAGUCAUCCCUGGCUCCAGGGCCGCCUUCUUUGGCUACACGGUGCAGCAGCAUGACAUCAGCGGCCGGAAGUGGUUGGUUGUUGGCGCCCCACUGGAAACCAACGGCCACCAGAAGACAGGAGACGUGUACAAGUGUCCAGCAACUCAAGGGAACUGCACCAAGCUCAACCUGGGAAGGGUCACCCUGUCCAACGUGUCCGAGAGGAAAGACAACAUGCGUCUCGGCCUGAGCCUGGCCACCAACCCCAAGGACAACAGCUUCCUGGCCUGCAGCCCACUCUGGUCGCACGAGUGUGGGAGUUCCUACUACACCACAGGGAUGUGUUCACGGGUCAACUCCAACUUCAGGUUCUCCAAGACCGUGGCCCCCGCUCUCCAAAGGUGCCAGACCUACAUGGACAUCGUCAUUGUCCUGGACGGCUCCAACAGCAUCUACCCCUGGGUGGAGGUUCAGCACUUCCUCAUCAACAUCCUGAAGAAGUUUUACAUUGGCCCCGGGCAGAUCCAGGUUGGAGUUGUGCAGUACGGAGAAGACGUGGUACACGAAUUUCACCUCAAUGACUACAGGUCCGUGAAGGACGUGGUGGAAGCUGCCAGCCACAUUGAGCAGAGAGGGGGAACGGAAACCCGGACAGCGUUUGGAAUUGAAUUUGCUCGCUCAGAGGCUUUCCAGAAGGGCGGAAGGAAAGGGGCCAAGAAGGUGAUGAUUGUCAUCACAGAUGGAGAGUCCCACGACAGCCCAGACCUAGAGAAGGUGAUCCAACAAAGCGAAAGGGACAACGUGACCAGAUACGCCGUGGCCGUCCUGGGCUACUACAACCGCAGGGGGAUCAACCCAGAAGCUUUUCUGAACGAAAUCAAAUACAUCGCCAGUGACCCCGAUGACAAACACUUCUUCAACGUCACGGAUGAGGCAGCCCUGAAGGACAUUGUUGACGCCCUGGGGGACAGGAUCUUCAGCUUGGAAGGCACGAACAAGAACGAAACCUCCUUCGGGCUGGAGAUGUCACAGACGGGCUUUUCCUCUCAUGUGGUGGAGGACGGGAUUCUGCUGGGAGCCGUGGGCGCUUAUGACUGGAAUGGAGCUGUGCUAAAGGAGACCAGCAGCGGGAAGGUCAUUCCUCUCCGUGAGUCUUACCUGAAGGAAUUCCCCGAGGAGCUCAAGAACCAUGGCGCCUACCUGGGGUACACAGUCACGUCGGUCGUGUCCUCUGGGCAGGGGCGGGUGUACGUGGCUGGAGCCCCCCGGUUCAACCACACAGGCAAAGUCAUCCUGUUCACCAUGCACAGCAACCGGAGUCUCACCAUCCACCAGGCCCUGCGGGGCGAGCAGAUAGGCUCUUACUACGGGAGCGAGAUCACCUCAGUGGACGUGGACGAAGAUGGUGUGACUGACGUCCUGCUGGUGGGCGCGCCCAUGUACUUCAGCGAGGGCGGAGAGCGGGGCAGGGUGUACGUCUAUAACCUGAGACAGGACCGGUUUGUUUACAAUGGAACGUUGAAGGAUUCCCACGGUUACCAGAACGCCCGAUUCGGCUCCUCCAUCGCCUCCGUUAGGGACCUCAAUCAAGAUUCCUACAACGAUGUGGUGGUGGGAGCCCCUCUGGAAGACAACCACGGGGGCGUCAUCUACGUCUACCACGGCUUCCAAGGCAGCAUCCUGAAGACGCCGAAGCAGAGAAUCCCCGCCUCAGAGCUGGCUCCUGGCCUCCAGUAUUUUGGCUGCAGCAUUCACGGGCAGCUGGACCUCGAUGAAGACGGGCUCGUGGACUUGGCAGUGGGCGCGCUUGGCAAUGCCGUGAUUUUGUGGUCCCGCCCUGUGGUUCAGAUCAAUGCCAGCCUCCACUUUGAGCCAUCCAAGAUCAACAUCUUUCACAGGGAUUGCAAACGCAGCGGCAGAGAUGCCACCUGCCUGGCUGCCUUCCUCUGCUUCACACCCGUCUUCCUGGCACCCCAUUACCAAACUGCAACAGUCGGCAUCAGGUAUAAUGCCACCAUGGAUGAGAGGCGGUACACACCGCGGGCCCACCUGGACGAGGGCGGUGACCGGUACACCAACAGGGCUGCCCUGCUCUCCUCCGGCCAGGAGCACUGUGAGCGGAUCAACUUCCACGUGCUGGACACCGCUGACUACGUGAAGCCAGUAACCUUCUCAAUCGAGUAUUCCCUGGAGGACCCCGACUACGGCCCCAUGCUGGAUGACGGCUGGCCCACGACCCUCAGGGUCUCGGUGCCCUUCUGGAACGGCUGCAAUGAGGAUGAGCACUGCGUCCCUGACCUCCUGCUAGAUGCCCGCAGUGACCUCCCCACAGCCAUGGAGUACUGCCAGCGGGUGCUGAGGAAGCCUGUCCAGGACUGCUCUGCCUACACGCUGUCCUUUGACGCCGCGGUUUUCGUCAUAGAGAGCAUGCGGCGGCGGGUGGCAGUGGAGGCCGUGCUGGAGAACAAGGGUGAGAACGCCUACAGCACCGUCCUGAACAUCUCCCAGUCCGCAAACCUGCAGUUUGCCAGCUUGAUCCAGAAGGAUGACUCAGAUGGCAGCAUCGAGUGUGUGAACGAGGAGAGGAGGCUCCACAAGAAAGUCUGCAACGUCAGCUAUCCUUUCUUCCGGGCCAAGGCCAAGGUGGCUUUCCGUCUGGAUUUCGAGUUCAGCAAAUCCAUCUUCCUGCACCACCUGGAGAUCCAGCUCGCAGCGGGCAGUGACAGGGAUGAGGAGGAGAGCACCAAGGAAGACAACACGGCCCUUCUGCGCUUCCACCUCAAGUACGAGGCUGACGUCCUCUUCACCAGGAGCAGCAGCCUGAGCCACUACGAGGUCAAGUCCAACAGCUCCCUGGAGAGAUACCAUGGCAUUGGGCCUCCCUUCCACUGCGUUUUCAAGAUCCAAAACUUGGGCUUGUUUCCCAUCCACGGGGUGACGAUGAAGAUCACCGUUCCCAUAGCCACCAGGGGAGGCAACCAGCUACUGCUGCUGAGGGACUUCCUCACUGACCAGGUGAACACGUCCUGUAACAUCUGGGGGAACAGCACGGAGUACCGGCGUGCCCCGACGGAGGAGGACUUGAGUCGCACCCCACAGCUGAAUCACAGCAACUCUGAUGUAGUCUCCAUCAACUGCAACGUGAGGCUGGCCCCCAACCAGGAAAUCAAUUUCCAUCUGCUGGGGAACCUGUGGUUGAGGUCCUUAAAAGCACUCAAGUACAAGCUGAUGAGAAUCACGGUCCACGCGGCCUUGCAGAGGCAAUUCCACAGCCCAUUCAUCUUCCGCGAGGAGGAUCCCAGCCGCCAGAUCACGUUUGAGAUCUCCAAGCAAGAAGACUCGCAGGUCCCCAUCUGGAUCAUCGUGGGCAGCACCCUGGGGGGCCUCCUGCUGCUGGCCCUGCUGGUCCUUGCGCUCUGGAAGCUCGGCUUCUUUAAAAGUGCCAAGCGCAGGAGGGAGCCCGGCCUGGACCCCAUGCCCAAAGUGCUGGAGUGAGGCUCCUGAGGAUGCUGUGAGUGGAUGGGGGCCGGCAUGCGGGCCCAGGCAGUGUGCAGGCCCGGAGCCCACCGAGCUGGGGCGGAGAAGACACCGGCUCACUUUGCACUUGACCUCAUCUCCUGAAAGACUGAGUCUGCUCCCUCUGAAAGGAACUCGAGUCAGUUUUCAGAGGCACUAUCCUACUGGGAGCCGCAGCACCUCCAACACAGGUCCCUAGGGACUUAGAGGGGACCCCCCCCCCAAGGUACACCCCAAAGUCACCCCCAGGCUGUGCAGAGGCAUUGCCACCCCCACCACUAAGGUGCUAGGAAGUCGUCAUCACCCCAUCCUCAGAAGAAACUGGAGAGCAGACUACAAAUGCAAACGCACUCUGCCUUCUCCAGACCUGUAGUUGCAGGGGAACCCAGUGGGACAGCGGAUCUGUAUCCUGCGCUGUCCCCCCAUCCCUGCGCUGCCCACAGCCCCCAAGUCACCUCACCCCUUCCUAGCCAGAGAUAGGUCCCUGGAGUGCCCCCUGAGCGAGGGCCCCAGUGCUGACAGUUGCUGGCCAGGAUGAAGACAGACUCUGGAGGCAGAGACUGGUGGACAGGCAGCUGGGACCUAGGAGAACCGGGUGGGGGGUGCGGGGGGCUCUUCCCCAGCCCCCACCUGCGUUCACCUGACUGACACCCACACCCCGCCCCCCAUGGUGCUCACAGCAGCCCCGGGCCUGCAGCUGCCGCCCCUCCCGCUGCUUUUGUUCCUGGGUGCCUGGCGGAAGCCUGUGGAUGAUGCAGUCCCCAGGGCUCCACGUUCUCACUUCACCUUCCCCACAGCCUGUCCUGAUGCAAUGGCUGCAGGCUGGGGGCAGGGGUGGGGGGCCCUCCCUGCAUCACCCCCUCCCUAUACACAUACACACACAUACACAACCUCCCACCCCUCCUUGUCUCUCACACACACACACUCUGCAUCACCCCCUCCCUACACACACACACACACACACCCCCCCUCCCUGCAUCACCCCCUCCCUCUACACACACACACACACAUACACAUACACCCUCCCUGCAUCACCCCUUCCCUAUACACAUACACACACACACAGCCUCCCAUCCCUCCUUGUCUCUCACACACACACACUCUGUCUGCAUCAUGCCCUCCCUACACACACACGCGCGCACACACACACACACUCUCCCGGCAUCACCCCGUCCCUACACACACACACACAUACCCCGCCACCAACCCCACCUCCAAUUCCUCCCUUCUGCUCACCCAUCACCCAUGCCCGGGAGAAGGGCUGGACCAGUGCUGAGGGGUUCUCCACGGAACAUACUGGAUAACGCCAGUGCAGGGACCUCCGGAGCCUGUGCAACCUUGGUGGCAAAUAUCUGAUCGGCCAGCCCCUGGGAUAACUGGACCCAUCAGUGAUGGGGCCCCGAGGACAAGAGGCACGCCUGGUGCCCAGCCGAAUAAUUUAUGCCUUGACCUGGUUUUGAGGUAGGAAUGAAAGGGGAUCCAUCAAAGGCAUCUGUCCCCUGACACACAGUACGACCUUUACUGUCGUAAAUAUUUUUAAGAAAAUUUUAAAAAUACAGUGUUUAAAAACAA